UUUCUUUAUAAGAUGUCAGAAGAAUUAUGAGUUUCUCCCCCUGGAUCCUAAUCAGCCUCUCAACCGUAAUAUUGUUUAUCGAGGAAUGAAGUCUCAGUUGCAAGAGAGAGUCCGGUAUAAUAGGUGUCAGGUAAAACAAGAGUGUUUUGAGGUGUGGAAAAAUACUCCCGAAGAAGAAAGAGAGGCUCUUUGGACUACUCCAGCGUUUUCUUGGAUUGAUAGAGACUCAUGGGAUAAUUUGUGCGCUUAUUAUGAUUCAGAGGACAAGAAGGAAGAGGCAAGACGUAAUGCGCAGAAUCGGGCGUCAAAUUUGCAUGGUCGAGCAACUUAUACAGGUGGCUCGAGGAACAUGAGUCGGGCUAUGGUUCGAUUGAAAUGUCAAAUCAUUGAGGAUGGUGGCACACCUACAAUGUUGAAACUAUAUUUGGGUACCCACUCGUCAUCAGUAGAUAAGAUCACUGGAGAGUAUACAUACCCGGACAACAACACUAAGGAGUAUUGUAAUCGAGUCAUCCAGGAGGCAACCUUAUCAGGGGUCGAUUCAGCCACAGAGGACGAUGCACUUUGUUUCACCCAGAUGUUAGAUUCCCUGCACGGAGGGCAUCACGGCGGUUAUGAAAGAGGCAUGGGCAUUGGUGCCACUCGGACUUACUUGAGGACGUCCUCCAUACCGGAAAUCGACACUUCUAAUCAGGAACUACGUCGCGAGGUGGCUGAUCUUAGAGCUCGGGUAGCUGAGAUGGAUAGUCUCAGGGAGGAGCUUAGGGAGGAGCUUAGGGAGGAAUUUAGGUCUCAGAUGCAUUUGAUUACUAACAAUAUGGUUAAUUCUCAGGGCGCUCGUUCUGCUCCCACUCGUAGUGAUCCAUCAGCUUUUACGCGACCGGCUCCAAUUCAUCAGCCCGCUACCGAUAUACCUCAUUCUGCUCGUCCUGCUUCGACUGCAAACACUUCUACUUCCAGUGCUCAAGGUUUGUCACAUGAGAAUAUUGCUAGGAUAUUUGCAGACUUAAGGCGUUCGGGCUUGUCCCAAGAGGAUAUUCUUCGAGGAAUUUCUUCUGUUCAUUGAUUGGAUGAAUUAGACUAUUCCUAUCUUAUAUUUUGGAUGUAUGAGACAUUUUGGAUAUUAGAGACAAAUAUAUAAUAUUGGAUGCUUUUCAUUGUGAGAUAUUGAGUAAUUAUUGUGCAUUUAUCU